AGAACUGAAUUAAAAAGUAUAAAAAAUAAGUGUAAAAAGGGAUCUGGCGAUGGGCGAGUGAAAUUUCAAAUAAAAAAUGACCAUUUAAAAAAAGAAUUUUUAAGGGCAGGAGCGAUCAGCUCAGCACUGCGGAAAGCGUUAGGUUUAGGACCUAAUGAUAUUCCAGAAUGGAUUUAUCGUAUGCGACGAAUGGGUUUCAUUAAAGGUUAUCCACCAGGAUACCUUAGAAAGGUUUUUUAA